UGCUGAUGGUAUACCAUACAGACCUUGUGCUUUCAUGUUGAGUUUGGGCUCUAGAUGAAACCUAAUACAUCUGCGUGUGCUGGUCUGUACGCAACUGAAAAGCUGAUCACUAUUACUAGUGAAAACUGGUUUUCCCUUGGCAUUUGCCUUGUACAGGUCCUGGAAGCGGGUUAAGUUCUUCACUUGGUCUCUUCUGUUGCAUUAUCUGAAUUGCAGAUUGUAUUGCUAGAACAUUUGGUUGGUGGGGUGGUUUUAGAACUGAUGGGUUUGGCAUGUUCUGUUUUGUCAGGAUUUAUUAGCAUGAUAUAUGCAGCUAUAAUGGAAUAUUAUAAGCCAACUUUGAUGUAGGAAGAAGAAAGUAUACAGUAUCAAAGAUUCUCUGUAAACUGAAGAAUUGUUUAGGCACUGCUCAACUGGAAUAUGGCCUUUAGACCAGGGAUAACCAUCUCCUAAGAUUGGAUACUCAUUUCACGUGAAUGGCCUAGCAAUAAUGCUGAGGAUUUCGUGGCAUUAGAGCUGUCUCGUUCUGAUGCUUAGUGAUGCAAGAUUUUGGUAUGGAGUAACUGGCAAUCUAGGGACAGUCAUGGAACUUUAUGGACACCAUGCUCCUAGAUCUAAUUGAUGUCCUGAGCUAAUAUGGAGGCGGUGCUCUUUAGAGGGGUGAUACAGUGGGAGUAGCAGUACAAUCUUCAUAGAGUUAUUAAUUCACUAUAGUAUGCAGACUGCAAUUGGGAUCAUUAGUACAUGCCAUUGAUGAAGACUUUGGUCCAUACUCCCUCAAUUUGAUGUUACUUGACCUUUCAUGCUGGUGGGGUUUCAUAUUCUGCUAAAAGCUAGUUCCUCUGAAAAAUGCAAGGAUUCAUGGCUGGGUGAUGCUUUAUUUCCACUUGAGUUUGGGGUUUGUUGACUUUGAAGCUGUUUGAUAAGAAUUAGUUGGAUAUAUAUUCACUUAUGAUCCUUAAUCUUGAGGAAUGAAGGGAUACCGGCAACAAGAUGUUGAUAGUGUAUCCAAAUGUUCGACACCUAUUUUCUUUUACCUAGUCUAUGGCAGAUGGAAAAAAGUUUUUCUUUCAUUUUCGGGCUUAUACAUCCUAAUGGCACUCUUGGCUUAAACAACUGAUGUCUGAUUGACUUCUUUUUUAAGUCACCUUCCUUUCUCACUAAUAUCUCUGUGGUUUGUGACUAACUAGAUUUAUAGAAAUGGUUUUUUGUUAAAAUUACGUUAUGAUACAAAGCCUGGUGGAUAUGGUCAGACUACUAUGUUCUAGGCCUCUCUGUCAUCAUUAUUUUUAUAUUAGACCCAUAUGCUGUAUCAAACUGAACAGUGUUAUGAAUGUCUCUGAUAGUUCUUAAUAAGAUAAACAAAGGUAUACUUUUUAGAUGUAAUCAUCGUGUUCAAUAUGUUGUGCCUUGGAAAACUUGACAUUGAAAUUGUACAUUUUAUUACUGUUUAUGCUCAUAUUCAUGCGCUUGUCUGUCUUGCUCAUCAUAUGUUAUUUUGUAAGGUUUUAUCAUUUAAUAACUGAAGCUCAGAAAUCUUUAGUUCAAAGUUGCAGGAUAUAGUUAAAUAGAAGCUGAAGCGAAGCUAUAUUUCUUCCAUGAUGCUUUGCAUGGAUAUUAUUAUUUCAUUUAUGAGUACACUAAGGAUGAUAAGUUGGAAUUAAAUGAUCAAUGCAAACCAUACUUUCUUCUGAGAACUUGAUUUGACAGGCCUUAAUAUUAUAAAGCAAUUAUUUUUCUGAAGCUUACUCCUCUGCUUGAUUCUAUAUUCUCACAUAUUUUUGCCAGUAUUUUAGCAUACUGUUGUGGCACUGUAGUCUUUUCUUGUAUUAUUUCCUUAAUUUUAUAGAGAAAAAAUUGUCAAUCUCAUAGACGUGUUAUAGUUUGUUGAAUGUGAAUUUUGAUUGUAGUCUGAUGCUGGCAAUGUCUCGAGCAACGUGAUAUAUGAAUGAUAGGAGACACGUCCUUGACCUUAACUAAUAUUAUCAUGUCUCAUGCAACUUUACAGAUAAGACUUAGCCAAAUUCUAAGGAAAGAAUUUUUCACAAAAUGUAUUCUUGAUUAGGGGAAAUUAAUCAUACAAGUGGCUAAUUAAGUUAAUAUAUAAUUAACACAUUAACCACCCUUUGAGCAUUUUAAAAUACUUAAUGUUUUGUAACCUACUUUCACUACAAAGCCCAUAUUUGGAACUCUCUUUAAUAUUUUGUAUUUGUAAGAGUUUCCAUGUUUCAACUUCCAAUCUAUUUCUUCCUUUCAUUUAAUGAUUUAAAAUAAUUAGAUUUCUCAUUUGGUUUUAAAUUUUUGCAAUUUGAAUAUGUGAUCUUUGAAUCUUUUUUUUUUAACUGGUAUGCUUUCCUGGACUCUUCUUUAACUUUGAUUAAAGUUUUCAAGCUUCUUUUAAAUUGCUUAUCAUAAUAUAUUUGGGAUGGGUGUAAUCUCUCUAUUUUGGCAUUCUCCAGUUUUAUUUUGAUUUUCUUGAUUUAUGGAAAUCUUUACCUCUCUGUCAGCAAAGCAUUUCAUUCUGGUAGCAAUUACUUUCUAGCGUCAACACUUUUUUGGACCUUUUGCUUGUUACAAGGUAGACAACUUAACUUGGUGUAUGGUUUUACCAAUAUAAUUUCCCUUCAGAUGCUGCUAAGGUUAACUGCAAAUAUUUUUAAAAGCCCUUCAUAUUUCUGUUUCCUGCAAAGUUCUCGUAAAUAUAUAUUGUAAAAAUUGUAGUGCAGAUAUUUUGUACAAAGGAAAAAGUGUGUUGAUGGAUUUUCUUAUGGUAAUUUUUAUAUAUUAUUAUUAUUCUAGUCCUAAUUACUGAGAAGAAGGCACAUACACAGUAUGUGCCUGAUGCCCGUGCUUAGUUCAUCUUUUUCAAGUGCAGGAAAAGAAUAGAAAAUGCUAACACCUCUUAACACCUGCUGAGUUCCCUUUUGUUAUCAUAGUCCAGGUAAUGUUUGUUGUGAGUCAUCCUACUCCCGAUCCCUCCUCUUUUACCGCUUAGCAAAUCUAAUUCCUACUUCUACACAUGGCAAAAUGGGGUGAGAAGCCAUUAACUAGUAUGAAAGUCAAUUAUCUCACUUUUCCCCUCAUCUUUGUUUUCUUGCCUCAGACUGGAAGGCUCUUUCCCUGUUUCAGUGGAGAGAGGCAAUCUGUGAGUAGAUGGCUUCAAGUGAGUGGACUUACAUUGGACUGUUGGUGUUACCCUAUGAUUAAGGAGACUUACGAGUGGUUGCUAGUUGUUUGUAGAUCUGGUUAAACUAUGCUCUAUUCUGACUUGUGAGUUUGCAAGUGAUUGUUAUGGGGCAGAGACAUUUAUAUAGCAUAUCUCAGAUGUUUGGAAGCGAGCAGGAGCAGAAUUGGAAUUAUAUGCAUGCUGAUCAAGAUUAUGUGCAACCAGGUAGGGCUAGCACUUCACAGAAUGGUUCUUUCAUUUAUCCAGUAGAAAAUAUGUCUAUAGAUGGCAGCUCCCUGGCUGCUCCUUGGAACAAUGCUACAAUGUCAAAUGGAUAUGCAUCCCCUAGUAUCAACACUGAAUUACCCCCUCAUCAAUCAGAUGCAUCAAGAUCUUCUCAUGAUCAUUUUCCGCGUUCAUCAAAUCCUGGAGCCUUUUUUGCAGUUUCUGAAAACUAUGCUCACCAGCCUUCUUCCAGUUAUGAUAGACAAGAAUUUCAUGUUGCCGAUGGUGGUUUCUUUGAUUUUACCAUGGGAAGUGGAAGAGGGCCUCACAAGCGAAAGAGCCCUGGAAUUCCUUCACUUUGUGAGAGAGGCAGCACAAGCAGAUAUUUCAGUGCAGGCAGCUCAACUGAUCUUCCUAUGUCUUCGGAAAUAAGACAGGAGAAGCAAAGCUUGGAUUCUCAAUACCUGCCUUGGGAUCAUGUUACUGUGACUCCCCCCAUCAGAGGCAAUGGCCUUUCAAUCAGGGGUGAGGGUUCUUUAAGGAAUGUUAGGUGUCGUUCUGCACUUGAUUUGGAAUCUAACCUUGCUAGGACACAUUUAUCUAGCAACCAUUUGCACAACUUCUCUUCUGGCCAGCCCACUGACCAUUCUAGUGCAGUGAAUCUUCCUGGUCAUAGUUCUAGUGCUAUGACAAGGGACUGGAGCCAAAUGAACAUUUCUCCUGCUCAUGGGAGCGUAUUAUUAUCUGAAUCAAGUGGAUAUAAUCGUGAGAAAAGUCGCAUGCUAGUUGGAAAUGGUGUUGGCAAUUCUUCAGUGGAUGCUGGGAGUUACCAUCAUGAAUAUAAUACGAGCAUAAAUCCUACUGUUUCCCAAAGUUUUCACAGUAACCUCACUCACGCUGCUAGGGGAGUUCGAAGUAACUAUUCCCAAAGAUCUACUCCAACACCUACUCCAACUCCAACUUUUAGGGCCUCUUCAAGCUCAUGCGUGGGACAAAUGGUGCCUUCAGAAGGUGGGUUGCACAUGGGAGCUGAAGGUUUUAUGUCUAGACAUCCAAGGCCAUUGACUGCCAUCAGUUGGCGGAACAGUGAUAGAAAUGGGAGGUCAAGGAUAUCUAGUGAGAGAUAUCGAUCAUUGGUUGAUGAGGCUAUUCUUCAUGAUAGAUUUUCUUCUGAGGGUUUUAUGGUUGUUGAUCGUGCCCCACCGUAUGGUUCCAGAAAUAUGAUUGAUCAGCAUAGAGAUAUGAGGAUGGACAUAGACAAUAUGAGUUAUGAGGAACUACUUGCUCUUGGAGAGAGGAUUGGUCAUGUCAGCACGGGAUUGUCUGGGAACUUGAUUUCGAAUUGUUUGACAGAAUCAAUAUAUUGCUCAUCUGAGCAAAGCCAAGAGGAAGGAAGUUGUGUAAUCUGCCUGGAAGAGUACAAGUACAUGGACGAUGUUGGGACACUGAGAAGUUGCGGCCACGACUAUCACGUGAGCUGCAUUAGGAAGUGGUUAUCUAUGAAGAACCUAUGUCCUAUCUGCAAAUCUUCUGCUCUUCCUGAUGCUAUGAAGGAUAAAUAACUUUAAAUUCAUUCUGCACUAUUUCACUAUCUCAUUUUGUAUAUAUAUGGUAUACAUUUGAAUAUUCAUGAAAGUGAAGGAAACUGGCUUCUUCUUCUUCUUCUUCCUUUGAGGUGUUGUAUAUUGUACAUUUGUAAUAGCAAUGCUACUAAGAGUCAAUGGAUUUGUUUAUGGCUUCAGUGUAAUUACGUGAAGCCUUGGAAUUA